AUGUUCGAGACGAAGUGGUCAGUUUUAAUGUUUAUUUCGAUCUUCUUUAAUAUUUCUGAUGCGAAAUUGAUCCUGAUUCAAGCAACAAUGCGUCAUGGAAAUCGAUAUCCUUCGGAGAGGGAUUAUGCUGUCACUUACUAUCCAAAUGAUCCAUAUAUCAAUUAUACCUGGGCACCUGCUGGACCAAUGAAACUGACAGAUAAAGGAAAGCAAAAUUCGUUAACAAUGGGUCAUUUUUUACAAGAAAGAUAUAAAGAAUUAAUCGAACCGGUUUAUGACAAAGACUCUGUUUAUUUUCGCGCUCUCUUUGAAGAAAGAACAAUUAAUACUGCGCGUUUGGUUGCGGUAGGUAUGUUUCCAAAUUCUCACGGUAACAUACAUUGGAACUCUAGUUUAGAAAAUAUAACAAUUACGAUUGACUCGGAAGAAAAAGAUAAAGAUUAUUUAAACUACGCAAAAUAUAUGUGUGAAAAUUAUUUAAUCGAUAGAAAAAAUUCGGAUGUUCAAGUACAAAAAAUGUUUAGUAUUUUUUCUGAUGUAAAAAAUUUUUAUAAUUAUUUAUCGGAACAUACUGGAAUUACUCACUUAAACGCUUAUCAAAGUUAUCUUCUUUACGGGCAAUUUGUUUCUGAGUCUAAUCUUGGCCUUGAGUUAGAGGAAUGGACAAAAUCUAUAUUUCCAAAUGGGAAACUUUUGGAGUUGAGCGCUGUUGAGUAUCUAUUACAAACGUGGACACCGCGUAUGAAACGACUUAUAGGUGGAGUUUGGAUAAAAAAUUUUUUGAACCGCACUCAAGAUUUAUUGAGCGGCAAAAAUAUCCAGAGAAAAGGGUACUUUUAUGUUUACAGCGAACAUCACGUGGCGGCGAUAUUAAACGCUUUAGAUAUUUAUGAGCCACACGUUCCGCAUUAUUUAAGUUCAGUGAUUUUUGAGCUGCAUGAAGUCGAUAAUAAAUAUUAUGUCAAGGUGGUUCAUAAAAAUGAAGAUAUAAUUAAAGAAGUUGUUAUCAAAGGUUGUGAAUCUUUGCUUUGUCCGCUUGAUACCUUCAAAAUGGUCUUGAAGGAUGUUAUUCUUGAAAAUUUUGAAGAAGAUUGUGGAAGAUUUGGACAUUUUUCUCAUCUUAAUGUGCAACAAUAA